AUGGGCAGGAGCAAGGGCAAAGCGCCCCAGCACCUGGAGGGACCCGGGAGGCCCCCCUCGGGGGAGCAGGAAUCCGGGUCUGCCAGCGCAGACAGCGUGCCCAGCCAGGGACACCGAAAGGGCCAUCGUAAGGCCCACAGGGAGCCCAGCGCCGGGCGAGGCCAGGAGCCUCCCAGUGCCCACAGGAAGCCCACUGGAGGGGAGAACAGGGACUGCAGACAAGCAGAGGCGGGGCCACCGCCGGAGGCCGAGGGCAGAGGAGGCAGCGGGCAUGCUCGAGGGGGAUGCCAGGCUAAGGAGAGCAGCAAGCCGGGGGACGGCCACGGGGGGCGCCUGGAGGAGAAGGGUCUCCGAAGAGGAGGAAGGACACGGGAGCAGGACCGCGGCAGAAGGAGAGGAAAACGACGGGGACGCUCGGCUCAGCGGGCCCGCCGGGAGACACGGAGCCUCGACAGGGACACGUCGGGCGGAGAUGGGGCCAGCUCCUGCCUGGACAGCGAAGCCCACGAAGCCCAGGAGAGCCGCAGCCAAGGUGGUGGGACCCCAGAGCGGAGGCUCAACUUGGAGCAAACGGACAUGGCCUCGGGGGGCACUCAAACCAGUGCAGAGUCAGCGCUGGAGGCGCCAGGAGCUCCCCGGAACAGCGACAGCCCGAGCAGCAGCGACGACAGAGGCAGUGACAAGCCCCCCUCGCGGCCCCAGAGCCCAGAAGGAUCGUCGGGGGCGAGGCCCCAGGGAGAGACCGAGGAUUCCGGGACAGACCCAGACUCGAGUCAGGAGGGGGCCGGGCCGUGCCGGAGCCCAGGAGCAGCCCCAGGAACGACCCGCGGGGCCCUCGAGGCCGGCGAGGCUGACCAUGGUAGAAAAGCCGCAGCUUCCAGCCUCCUCGAGAGCUGCAUCCCCCGGAGCUCGUGGGGUUCUCAGGACCCCAGGCAGGGCGGGGAUGCAAGAGACGAUGGGGUGCAGCCCGAAGCUGAGCCGAGGGGCGCCCCGCCCGAAAGAGCCGAGGCCUCGAGCGCCCGGGGUCAGCGCCGCCAGAUUGGAAAGGUGGGGAAGGCGCACGAGGCGGUGGGCGUGAGCGACGAGGGGUCUCGGGGAGACGGGCCGCGGGCCCCAGCGCCGCUGGCCGCCCUAGUGGCGCUCCGCAGGCUCCGCGCGAGGCCCCCGCCAGGCCCUGCUCCCCAGGCCGCCGGUCCCCGCCGCGGCAGCCUCAAGGACCGGCUCGUGCGCGUAGCGCGGGCCCUGGGGCUCCUGCGGUGGCUGCGGCUGCGGCUCCAGGGGCGCGCGGGCGGCGCGCGGGGCCCCGGGACCAGCGAGGGGACGAGCUGCGGGCCGGGGCCGCGCCGCCGCCGUCUAGCGCUGAGCCUGGCGGGCGUCGCGGGGCUGUGGGGGCGACCAAGGCCUCCCCCUGGCGGCGGCCCGAGUUCCCCGCAGGUUGCAGAAAGCCCAGCUCACGAUCCAUCGGAGGACGAGCACGCGACCCCAGAUCCCAAGUUCGCCGUCGUGUUCCCCAGGAUCCACGGGGCAGGGAGGACCUCGAGCCGCCGGAGCUCAGAGGAAGGGUUCGCGGACGCCCGCGCCGAGCAGGGGCGCGGUUGGUCCUGUGCGGGGGCGUCUGCGGACAGUGCAGGGCGCAGGGCCAGUGUCGAAGGGGUGGCGGAGUCUCCCCGCGGCUCUCUCGGCCCGAAUCCCCACGAAGAGCCCCCGCUCGACGAGACGGGCUCCAGCAGCGAAGCGGAGCCCGAGAGCUUGGGAGCCGCGGCUCCGGUGCAUUGGGCGCAGGGCUCUGACCCUCACAAGGGCCCCGGGCUUGGCACCGAAACACUGCUGCCCCGACUCACCUUGGAGACCCGCCGGCGGCCGGAGGGGACCCCCGGCCCCCGCGGGUCCUUGAGGGAUCGGUGGGAGCCAGAGGACGAGGUGGAGGAGGCGCUGGAGAGGGACCUGGAGCUGAGCCUCGUGCCCGGCCCGGAGGAGCCUCCUUUUCCCGGCGGCGCCGACGGCUGGAGCGUGGGGGAAGGCCUGGAAGACACCGAGGACCUGGCCCGGCUGCGGUCAGUGUGCGACAGCUCCAUGCUGCUGUGUCUGAAGAAGAGGUUUCACCUGGGCCGAAUCUAUACCUUUGGGGGGCCCCACCUGCUAGCUCUGAACCCCCACCGGGCCCUGCCUCUCUACGCACCUGAGGUCCUAGCCAGCUACCGCCCUGGGAAGACCCCCAACACCACCCCACACAUUUUUGCUGUUGUGGCAUCGGCAUAUAGCCUGUCUGAGAGCACGGGGCAGGCCACCUGCAUCCUUCUGGGGUGAGCCCUGCCAGCCUUUCUCUCCUGCAGUGGGCACAGCGGCUCUGGGAAGACGGAGGCAGCCAAAAAGAUGGUGCAGUUCCUACACAGCCUGGAGUGGGAGCAGACGAGGGAGAGAGGGUGUCGGCUGGACACCGUGCUGCCCCUGCUCAGCAGCUUUAGCCAUGCCAAGACAGUCCUCAACGCCAAUGCCAGCCGCUUCGGCCAGGUCCUGUGCCUCUGCCUGCAGCGUGGGGUCGUCGUAGGCACUUCUGCAUCACAUCAUCUGCUCGAGACCUCGAGGGUGGUGUUUCAGGCCCAGGCUGAGCGGAGCUUCCAUGUUUUUUAUGAGCUGCUGGCGGGGCGGGACCCUGUAGAACGGGAACAGCUCUCCCUGCAGGGGCCAGAAACCUACUACUACCUCAACCAGGGCCGCGCCUGCAGGCUCCAGGACAAGGACGAUGCCCAGGACUUCAGAGGACUGGUGAGGGCCCUGCAGGCGCUGGGCUUGUGCACUGAGGAGCUGACCGCCAUCUGGGCUGUGCUGGCCUCCAUCCUGCAGCUGGGCAACAUCUGCUUCUCCUCGUCAGAGAGGGAGUCCCAGGAGGUGGCUGCCGUGUCCAGCUGGGCUGAGAUCCACGCCGCAGCCCGGCUGCUGCGGGUGCCGCCCGAGCGCCUGGAGGGAACGGUCACCCGGAGGGUCACGGAGACGCCCUAUGGCCAGGUCUCAAGAUCCCUACCGGUGGAAAGCGCCAUUGAUGCCAGGGACACCCUGGCCAAGGCCCUGUACGCACAGCUCUUCACCUGGCUUCUGAGGACCGCCAACGCGCGGCUGGCGUCCCCUGCGGAGGCAGGCAGCACGGUUACCAUCUCUGUCGUUGAUGUCUACGGCUUUGAGGCCCUGCGGGUCAACGGACUGGACCAGCUGUACAACAACCUGGGCAGCGAGCGCCUGCAGCUGUGGUACAACCGGCUGCUGCUCGCCCAGGAGGAGGAGGAGUGUCGGAGGGAGUUGCUGCCCUGGGUGCCCAUCCCCCAGGCCCUGCAGGAGUCCUGCCUGGACUUCCUGGUAGACCAGCCACACAGCCUCCUGAGUAUCCUGGAUGCCCAGACAUGGCUGUCCCAGGCCACGGACCACACCUUUCUGCAGAAGUGCCACUAUCACCAUGGCGACCACCCGUGCUACACCAAGCCCCAGCUGCCCCUUCCCAUCUUCACCGUGCGACAUUAUGCCGGGACCGUCACCUACCAGGUUCACAAGUUUCUAAACAGAAACCGGGAUCAUCUUGACCCUGCCGUGGUGGAGAUGCUUGCCCAGAGCCAGCUCCGGCUGCUGAGCCGCCUGUUCCAGGAAGCAGAGCCUGAUGAGUUCAGAGGAGGACCGGGCAAACCCACGCUGGCCGCUUGCUUCCAGAAGUCCCUGGGGGACCUCCUAGCUCAGCUGGGCAGGAGCCAUGUCUACUUCAUCCAGUGCCUCAGCCCCAAUCCAGGAAAGCUUCCAGGCCUCUUUGACGUGGAUCAUGUGGCAGAACAACUGCGCCAGGCGGGCAUCCUGGAGGCAGUGUGUACCCGCAGCGCCAACUUCCCCAUUCGCCUGCCCUUCCAGGCCUUCCUGGACAGAUUCCGGGCCCUGGGGACCGAGGAGCAGGGCGAGCUCUCUGACCGGGAAAGGUGUGGCAUCAUCCUGAACCAGGUGCUAGCGGCUGAGUCACCCCUCUGUCACCUGGGAGCCACCCAGGUACUGCUGCGGGAGCCGGGCUGGCAGCAGCUGGAGCAGUGCCGGGCCCAGCAGCGCGCCCAGGCCCUGCUGACCCUGCACCGAGGCGUCCGCGUCUGCAUCUCCCACCAGCGCCUCCGCCUCCUGCCACGGAAGCAGGCUCAUGUGCGUGGGCUCCAGGCCAGGAAGCGUUACCUCCGGCGGCGGGCAGCUCUGGGGCAGCUGAACACCAUCGUGCUGGCGGCCCGGCCCCUGCUCUGGAGACGGAGGAGACCACAGCUUGGGCGUCGGCACAGCUGGCACAGCAUCGGGGCCUUUGAGACGGUGCCAAGCAUGGAGCUGGGGCGCUUGGAGAUCCCGGCUGAGCUCGCCACCAUGCUGAAGACAGCGGAAGGCCGUCAGCACACCCGGGUCCAGAGCAUCACCGAGGCCAUGCCCCCGGAAGUUCCCGCCCGGCCCAGCCUGACCCUCCCACCUGACAUCAACCAGUUCCCCUUCUCCAGCUUCAUCUCCAUCGGCUUUCAGGAGCCCUCCUUGCCCCACCCUGGGCAGCUGCUGACCAAGCCCCUCACCCAGCUGGACGGUGAGAACCCUCAGCAUGCCCUGGAUAUCAACAAGGUGAUGCUGUGGCUGCUGGGGGACGGGUCGCUGGCGCCCUGGCAGGAGCAGACCAUGGGCCAGUACCUGGUGCGGCAGGGGCAGCGCCGACCGGGGCUGCGCGACGAGCUCUUCAGCCAGCUGGUGGCCCAGCUCUGGCGCAACCCCGACGAGCAGCAGAGCCAGCGCGGCUGGGCCCUCAUGGCCGUCCUGCUCAGCGCCUUCCCUCCGACGCACACCCUGCAGAAGCCACUGCUCAAGUUUGUCUCUGACCAGGCCCCCAGGGGCAUGGCAGCACUGUGCCAACACAAGCUGCUGGGAGCCCUGGAGCAGACGCAGCUGGACCCUGGGUCUGCCCGUGCCCACCCACCCACCCAGCUCGAGUGGACAGCUGGAUGGAGGCGGGGCCGCAUGGCACUGGAUGUGUCCACCUUCAGUGAGGAGUGCUACUCGGCCGAGGUGGAGUCCUGGACCACGGGGGAGCAGCUCGCCGGGUGGAUUCUACAGAGCAGAGGCCUGGACCCGCCCCCGCGCGGCUGGUCUGUGUCACUGCACUGCAGGGACUCCUGGAGGGACUUGGCCGGCUGCGACCUCGUGCUGGACUUGAUCGGCCAGACCGAGGACCCGGGGGACCCGGCCAGGCCCCACAGCUACCCCAUCGCCCCCCGUGGCCUAGCCGAGAACAUCCCCCUGGCCCCCAGCAUCCAGGCCCCCUCAUUGCCCCCAGGCCCACCUCCGGAUCCAGCCCCAACACUGCCCAGCAGGGGGCGCACAGGUGAGUCCCGGACCUCAGGGAGCCUGGAUGGCUUCCUGGACCACCUCUUCGAGCCCGUCCUAUCCCCCGGCCUCAGCGAUCUGGAGCAAGGCAGGGCUCUGACUGGCCGCAUGAAGGGAGGGGGUGCCAUGGGGCCUAUGCAGCAAGGCAGCUACCCCAUGGUGUACCCAGGGAUGGUGCAGAUGCCCAGCUACCAGCCAGCCAUGAUGCCGGCACCCAUGCCCAUGAUGCCAGCCAUGGGGCCAGUCCCAGGUAAGACUGGACUGUGGCUGCCCGCCAUGGUGGUACCACCACAGCCACAGCCCGUGCUUCCCAGCGUGGACGCGAGGCAGCUGGCGGCCCAGCAGCAGGACUUCAUCAACCAGCAGGCGCGGAUCCUGGCCCAGCAGAUGACCACCCAGGCCAUGACCUUGUCCCUGGAGCAGCAGGCAAAGCAACUGAGGCAGAGUCAGGCCCUGGCCCCAGCCCCAGCCACAGCUCCAGCCGCAGCUCCAGCCCCAGCCGCGGCCCCGGCCCCAGCCCCUAGAGCAGCUUCCCCGACCUCACCUCCUCCAGCCAUCACCCACAAGCCCAAGAAGACACCCACCCGCCAGAAGGAGCCAGAGAGUGGCCUGGAGUUGGUAGGUGCCCGCCUGACGCAGGAGGCCCCACAGGAGGCUGAAGACAGGCACCCACGGCCCAGGAGCUUCCAACAGAAACGAGACUAUUUCCAGAAGUUGGGGCAGCAGCCGAGCAAGGUGAAGACCACGAAGCCUCCAGCCAAGGUGGCGAUCCCCCAGGCAGAGGCGGUGCAGGACGAGGAGCCAGAAGAGGAGGAAGAGAGAGCAGGUGGUGAGGAGGCGGGGGGCAGGCUGGGGCCCUCACCUCCGCCUCCCCCGGUGCUGAAGAAGCUGCCACCGUCGCGAGGUGCAGCCAGAGCUGCCCAGGAGGCUGAGGCUGAGCCGGCCACGGAGCUGGGGCCUGGCAGGGGGCACAGGCCGGCCGGGGGCAAAGCCGUGGUGCGUAGCUCGGACCCUGAGCCCUGCCGGGCAGAACCCAGCAGGGAGAUCCGCAACAUCAUCCGCAUGUACCAGAGCCGCCCCGGCCCCGUGCCUGUGCCCGUGCAGCCAGCGAGGAAGCCCCCCCAAAGUUUUCUAAAGAAAAACAACCCUAAGGAUGAGGCUCUGGCUAAGCUGGGGAUCAAUGGUGCCUCCUCGCCCCCUCAGACGCUGUCCCCCAGCCCAGGGAAGGCCCCACCACCACCCGUGGCCCCUCGACCCAGGGCCCGACCACGGCUGAUACCCUCCAGCUCCAUCAAGGAGAAGCAGGGGCCCCUUCAAGAGCUGUUUGGCCAGAACCCACCCACUGCCCAGAAACUGCCCCCUCCGCCAGCACCUCCACUGCCUCCGCCCUGGGAGCCAGCGAGCCCUCCAGCUGAGCCCCGCAGCUUGGUGGAGCCCAUGGGGGACGAGGGGGUCUCCACCCAGCUGCUCGUGCCCUCCGGCAGCGUGUGCUUCUCCUACGCCAGCGCCCCCUGGAGGCUGUUCCUGCGCAAGGAGGUGUUCUACCCCCGGGAGAACUUCGGCCACCCCUACUGCCUCAGGCUCCUCUGUGAGCAGAUCCUGAGGGACACCUUUGCUGAGUCCUGCAUCCGUAUCUCCCAGGACGAGAGGCGCAAGAUGAAAGACUUGCUGGGAGACCUGGAGGUGGGCCUGGACUCACUGGACACGGCUGAGGACGGUGUCAAGAAGCGCAUCGUGGUGGCCGCCAGGGACAACUGGGCCAAUUACUUCUCCCGCAUCUUCCCUGUCUCGGGCGAGAGCGGCAGCGACGUGCAGCUGCUGGCUGUGUCCCACCGGGGGCUGAGACUGCUCAAGAUGACCCAGGGCCCCAGCCUGCACCCCGACCAGCUGAAGACUCUCUGCUCAUACAGCUUUGCUGAGGUGCUGGGCGUGGAGUGCCCGGCUGGCUCCACCCUGGAGCUGUCGCUGAGGAGUGAACAGCUGGUGCUGCACACGGCUCGGGCGGGAGCCAUCAAGGCCAUGGUCGAGCUCUUCCUGAGCGAGCUCAAGAAGGACUCUGGCUAUGUCAUCGCCCUGCGAAGCUACAUCACCGAUGACCACAGCCUCCUCAGCUUCCAACGUGGGGACCUCAUCAAGCUGCUGCCGGUGGCCACCCUGGAGCCAGGCUGGCAGUUCGGCUCCACGGGCGGCCGCUCCGGACUCUUCCCUGCUGACGUCGUGCAGCCGGCAGCUGCUCCGGACUCGUUCUUCUCGACGGAGCAGAGGAGCAGCCAGGGGCACAAGGGUCAGCUGCAGCGCAGAGAGUGGGAUAGGGCAUCGGAGUUCCCCACCCACCCCUGGAGCCAGGCGCGCAGUGACAACUCGGCCACCAGCCUGUCCCCCUCCGUGGCCUAUGUGGCCCUGCCCAUGGACUCUGACUACACCAUGCAGGAGUUUGCCCUGCGCUACUUCCGGAAACCCCAGACCCUGCCGGCCCAGACCAGCGGAGAUGCUGAGAAGGCCACGGCCAGCCUGGUGCAGUACAGCAAGGCUCCCAUCCAGAAAUCGCUCAUCAGCUUCAGUGACGAGGACACGAACAGGCAAGCUGUGGAGAGCUUCCAGGCUCUGAUGCAGUUUAUGGGGGACCAGUCCAAGCAGCGGGGCAAGAACGAGCUGGAUCUCCUCUACGGGCUGCUGAAGCUCUGCCAGGAGAAGGAGGAUCUCAGGGACGAGGUUUACUGCCAGGCCAUCAAGCAGGUCACAGGACACCCCCGGCCGAAACUCUGCGCGAGAGGCUGGCGCUUCCUCAGCCUCCUCACGGGCUGCGUCCCCCCGUCGAACACGCUGAUGCCCUACGUGACCAAGUUUCUGCAGGACUGGGGUCCUCACCAAGAGCUGGCCCACAGCAGCCAAGAGCACCUCCAGCGCACAGUCAAGUAUGGGGGUCGCCGGCGGCUGCCCUCCCCAGGCGAGAUGCAGGCCUUCCUGAAAGGACAAGUAGUCCACCUGGUCCUAAUUCAUUUGCCUGGGGGUGUGGAUUACAAGACCAAUAUCCGCACUUUCACGGUGGCAGCAGAGGUGCUGGAGGAGUUGUGCAGGCAGAUGGGCAUCACGGACCCCCAGGAAGUGCAGGAGUUUGCCCUCUUCCUCAUCAAAGGGGAUGAUGAGCUGGUGCGGCCCCUGUGGCCCCAGGAGUACCUCAACAGUGUGCUGGGGGGUCCGGACGUGAGCCUGCACAGCCGGCGGCUCGGCUGGGAGACCCGGCUGCACUUUGACAAUCCCACCUACAUCAGCACCCACUACAGCCAGGUGCUGCGGGACUACCUGCAGGGGAAGCUGGGGCUCAGCCCCCAGGAAGACACCCGACUUGCCAGAUUGGCUGCCUUGCAGCAGCUCAGCAGGAACAAGGAGGAGCCCCCCUCAGAGCAAGACCUCCUGGCUUACUUGCCGAGGAAGCAGCAGUGGCAGCAGCAAUGGCAGACGAACGUGGCCACCGUGAAGAGCCUGAUGGGCCGGGAACUGAGGCAGCUACAAGGAUACAGCUCCCAGGAAGCACAGAUCAGCUUCAUCAAGGCCGUGAGCGAGCUGCCCCUCUUCGGGUACACGGUCUACCCGGUGCUGCGAGUGAGCAAUCCGGCCCUGCCCAGCCCCGGCCUCCUGGGGCUGAACCGCCAGCACCUUGUCCUCAUGGACCCCAGCUCCCAGGAACUGUGCUGCUCCAUCGCCCUGAGGGACCUGCAGCGGCUCCACCUGCUGAGCCCACUGGAGGCAGAGGGCUCCCCUGGCCUGGAGCUCAACUACGGCUCAGCCGACAACCCCCAGACCAUCUGGUUUGAGCUUCCACAGGCCCAGGAGCUGAAGCACACCAUCACCUUCCUGCUGGACGGCAACCCUCCUUCCAGUUAG